AUGUCUACAAUGAAAAUGCGAGUGGAAGUUGAUGAGUACGAACGGCGGAAGAUUAAAAUGAAAGAAGCAAAAAAGAAAGCGCAAGACUGGAUAAAUAAUCUAAAAAAUCGAAGUAUGAGGAGUCUUUCGAGAAGUUCUAGAAGAAGUAAGAGCUCCGUGAUAGAGACUCCUCCGUAUAAUUCUGAUUCCACAAGAUCAUAUAAAAAUGGAAACAGUUUGAAUGUUCCGUUUUCAAUGAGCCAACAAGCGAUUCACGUAGAGGAUGAAACCAGGUCGGGAGCUAGUUCCACUCGUCAAAGCGUUUGCAGCGCUCCUACUCCUCAUCUCGAGGUUAAUCUUCCUGUCCGAUGCAACUCUCAUCUUGGCUUCUUGCCAGAAAUCGUUGUAACCGAAGAACGUCCGAAACUUUGUCUCCUCUUACCACCUCCGACUCGCCGACGAAAGUCGGUCACUGCAACCUCAAAUCAACCAAUUCACAAGUCUGUGUCAUGCCAGCAACUAACCAUAUCAAGAAAAUCAUCCAUGUCCAGUGCACACAGUGUUUCUCCGUCGCUUUCCGAAGAAAUCGUAUUCAAUUUUCCCGACAGCGGGUCCGCCACACCCAAUGACUCACCACCAUACGAAUUUUAG